AGGCGGUUGCUUUUUGCUUUUUUUUUUUUUUUUUUUACUCUUUUUGCUUUUUUGGAAUUGGUGCUGCUCUCUUCUUGCUUCAUCCAUUUAUUAAUGAUCGAUUUAGAAAUAAGCCCCUCAUUUGCAUUUAUCCAUUUCGCGUCGGUGCUCAUUUCUUGCUCAGUCGGUCGCUCGUUUUCAGCUCUCUCUCGUCGUCGUCUCGUGGAGUGAUCGAUGGCGGGAGAAGUGACAGAGAGCUCUCAUACUGGCGGCCGAGGCAAGGUGCGUGUCGUUGCUCAUCAAGCGAGCGAGGGGGAGGAGGAAGGGGGAGGAUGCGAUAGAUCUUCCCUCCCGUAGGAGGCUACACUCGAGAAGGUCCUCGGCUGUCUGUCCUGCCAGACGAAUUCUUCCUAGUAUGCGCUUGCUGUCAUACUCCCCUAGGUGAUGAGGAGGAUUGGACGGGUAGAAUUGGAGAUUGGGUGCUAUGGAAGGGACUCCGAGGGAGGGUGGGAGAGAGGGAUAGUAAAGGGGGGAGAACUUAGACGAUAAAGAUUGAGGAGGCGAAAGAAAGGAGGCAGCGCUCGUCAUCGAGGAGAGGACUGUCCUUCGUUCGAUAUCAUGCGCUUCGCUUCGUCGGGUGACUUUGGUCUGGGUUGAAGUCCAGCUGUGCUUUGUCAGUCCUGGAGCCGAGUCGAGCGGACGCGAGAACCAUUGUGUUUGAUGGGCGGAGAGGAGGAGGAGGAGGUGGUCGUCGUUGACAGAGAGGAGGAGGUGGUCGUCGUUGACAGCAGGAGUGCAUCUGGGCGGGCAUCUUCGACUUCCGUCAAGCCUUGUGUGUAUGUCGAAUCCAAGAGUCAAACGCACAACCUACGACUUGACAGGCAGAGUAACUAAUAGUCUAGCCUUGGUCGCCUGGGAAUCGAGUUGCGUUUCAGCGGACAUAUCGGGCUUCCGUCGGGCCUUGUUCGUCUUCGAGCCUGGUUGGGUUCGGUUGCGACGGCCAACGAGAGGAGAAUUGAGUGCGGGAUUCUGUCUUUGGCACGUGCCAAGCGAAGGGAGAGGGCGUACGCCGUCGAGAGGAUGAUUGUGCUGGUGCGGAGAUCUUCCGCUUCUCCUCUCCAUCUGCCAUUGGUGGUCAUCGAGGGAGCAGGAGGAGGAGGUGAUUGCGCUGGACUAAGUGCGAAGAUGUUUCGCUUCUCCAUCUGCCAUUGGUGGUCCACGAGAGAGGAGGAGGAGGAGGAGGAGAAGGAGGAGAAGGAGGAGAAGGAGGAGAAGGAGGAGGAGGAGAAGAAGAGCGGAGGAGGAAGAGGAGGAUUGUUCUUGGGAUUCAUACCUUCGGCUCCGAGAGUUGGCGCUUGUUCUCCAGAGAUAUGGAACGAGGCUGUUCGGAGUCUGCUCGGACUCUUCAGACCACGUGGGUUGACCUUAUCCACACGUGGAUCAACCUUAUGAUCCUUAUCCACACGUGGGUCGACCUUAUCCGCACGUGAUUAACCUUUUUCACAGGUUCAUCAACGUUGUCCUCACGUGGGUUGGACUGGAAAGACAGUGGGAUUCGCUGGUGUGUAAAGGCGUGCUCACCUAAGGUGAGCAGAGCUUUGAAUUGAUUAUUGCAAUGCUUGCUUUGACAGGGAAGGAGGCCUAGGCUCAGUAGGCUGAAGCGUUAACUCGGGAACAACAUAAUCGCGACUGUCUGUAUUCACAAGAGUUUGUUUCUCAACAUAGCUGACGCGAAAUCAACACCACAAACAGGGCUUUAGCAUUAGGCGAGGGCCAUGGGGAAGUGAUUGAACGACCAGAAACAAGGCUAUGGCAUCAAGCCAGGGCCAUUGAUAGGUGAGAAAUCACUGCUCAAGCGAUUUCAAGUCCUUGUCUUUCUCCUUCUCCCAGGUCGGAGAACAUUUUUGACUUUUUGGCUCCUUAUCUGCCAUUCUCAUCCGGGAAAAGGGUAGUGAAGCCUCAGUCCCCUCGCUAGCGUCCUCUUUCUUCCUCACCAUCGUAGUUCGUCUCAACUCUCGCGAGAAGAGAGAGACGGGGUGGUAGUUGUACAAUACUUCAAAUUUCUGUUCUCAGAUCUGUAGCUUAUUCUGCUGCCUCUCUGUGUGCGUGUGUGCGCGUGCGUGUGUGUGUGUGUGUGUGUGUGUGUGUGUGUGUGUGUGUGAGAGAGAGAGAGAGAGAGAGAGAGAGAGAGAGAGANGAGAGAGAGAGAGAGAGAGAGAGAGAGAGAGAGAGAGAGAGAGAGAGAGAGAGAGAGAGAGAGAGAGAGAGAGAGAGAGAGAGAGUUUCUACUACUAAUCUGUAUAUGCUGCCUACAGA